AUGUCCUCUCCAAUCGAUGCAAGUGUCUACCGUCGACACCCCCGACCUCGCAAAGACGCCGCUUCUCACGACCCAGCAAACGCCCUGCCUUCCUCCACUGUCUCUUCAGCUUCUUCCUCUUCUGUCUCUUCAGCUUCUUCCUCUUCUGUCUCUUCAGCCUCUUCCUCUUCUGUCUCUUCAGCUUCUUCCGCUGCUUUUCUUUCUUCGAGUGUCGGGAUUUUAGCGGCGGGACGCGAGUGCGUGGUGUCUCUGCAUCUCGCGGAUUCUCGGCGUUCUGCUCGUGCAGCGCCACUCGGCUUUCUGUUCGAGAGCGGGGGAGGGAAGCGCGACGCAAGAAGUCUGUCGUAUGUGCGAGUCCUCAGCUCAGCGGCCUCGCUGGUCUCCCACAGUCUUUCCUCUCUGUUGGGCUACUCGCGCCAGGGGAAUUCUCCGCUCGCUUCUCAGCCAAGGCGUCACGCGCGAGAGGCGAGCAGAGAGACGACAAAUCGACUCCGGGAGGCAGGGGGAUCCAGUCCACUCAACUCUCCGCAAACUGACAGAAGGACGAGCGAGAGUGAAGAAGAGACAGCGGAGGAAGCGCCUGCCCUCCCGGCGAAGAUCGUUGAUGACAGCAAACGCGUCGGACUGUCUCUUGCCGUCUGUCCGUGGAACAACUCUCUUGCAGCUCUCACAGACAGCUGCGGCAAAAUCUCUCUGAUUAGCACAUCCUCGCUGGAGAUUCUCUUCAUGUGGAAAGGCUACCGCGAGGCCCAAGUCGCCUGGCUUCGCUGCUUCUGUCCCCUGCCUCACGACUCGAAUUCCUGCUCUUCUCCUCCUCUGUCGAGAGAAGGCGCGCGCCCGGGAGAUCCACAUGGCGGCUUGGUCUUGUACGCCCCGAGGCGAGAUCUUGUUGAGUUGUGGGAACUGGCGCAUGUGGCGGAGGCUUGGAGCGUUCCGCAGCGUGUAGGCGUUCUUCUCUCGAGUCGUUUCUCGUUUUUCAGGUCGUUCUCUUCUUUGCACCUCGACGCGCAUGCAGGCAACGUUCUCCUCGUCGACGCGACCGGCCGCGUAGCUGCUCUGGGCUGGCCUGACUUUCACUGCCUCGGCCAGACAAGUCUCUCUUUCCUGUCUCGAAGAACGCAACGCGACGCCAGAGAGAAAGCAACGUUCGCGUCAGAUGCUCAACGCGAGCUGCGUUCUAUGUGAAAACAGUUCGUUCCCUGCGUGCGACUGCUCUCUGUAUAGCCUUGUGCCGUAGAUGCUCCGUUGACCGAUUCCGUUUCUGGACAACCACCCCAGAAGCUUGCGCGGCGAAUCCGAGCUGCAAGCGAUUUCUUCUCGCGCGCUGCCGUUGACUUCGCCUCUCGCAGUGACAGCGAUAAUUCUCGUCUCUCC